GAAAAUUAUUGCAAAUAUAAAAUACUAUAACAAUUAGUAGCGUAGAUCAUCGGUAAGAGGUGUAACACACUCUUCUCAAUAGUUUUAGUUGACAAAAUGAUGUAUCGAAUGAAGAAAAUCAUCACUUACGAUGAUGAGAUUGUGCUACCGACAUGCAUGUAUCGUAUUAAAAAUCCAAAUGACUUUCUAAAAGCAGACGAGGCAAAUAUCAAUAUCAGCGAGCAGGUUAUCAAGUUUCUUAAGGGCCCUAACCGAAAAAUGGCUGAAUUAGAGGAACGACAAGAUAAACUUUUGAAGAAACUGGACAUUCUUUAUGAUAGAAUCAAGACCAUUAGCUCAAUCUGCAGCCAAAGUACUACAAGUAACACUACUCAAGCCACUAAGAAUUUAAAACAAACUAUCCCAACACCUGAAGAAAUUGUAGUCGUCUUGAACCCAGAAAACCUACCUUGGUUCUUAAAACUGUUGUUGAAGGAGUCAAAUCUUGCAGUAAAUGUUUCUUGGCACAUCCACUCUUCAGUGCCCAAUGAAAAAGUUGCAAAAAUCAAAGCAUUUGUUAACAAAUUGAAGACUACUGGAAAUUCUUCCAAAAUCAAUUUGAGGCUGAUAUUUAGAUAUGGUUCAGCUGACUCAGAAUUAAAGUUGUCUUCUUUGGGAGUUCCUAUUGUGGGGAAUGUUAACAUUCUGAGAUACCUUUCAUACGUGUACCCCAGUACCCUGCCUUACGACCCAGAAGAUUACUAUGUUGACUAUCUCCUUGACCUCUGUCAUUUGCUAGAAAGGACUCCAGAAAAGAACAAAGAUGCUGUGACUAAAAAAAUCUUUGCUCAACACAAAAGCUGGAUUUAUAAAGAUGAGUUCUCAAUUGUCGAUGGGGCUGUUUAUAAUGUUGUAAAGCAAUGGCAGAAUAGCACCAAAUAUGUACCAAAGAGUUGGUUUGAUAAGUGCGAAAAGAAGUUUUUGUAAGUUGUAAAUAA